ACUCUUGAGUCUUGAGUGGGUGUUGGCCUGUUGGGGGAAAUUCAAAAACCAAAAACAGGCGCUCCUUCCGAUCUCUCUCUCUGUCUGUAUUUAUAGGUUUAGGGUUUGUGCAGUCCCAAAUUUGAAAUUCCCAAUUAGAACCAAUCAAAUAGAGAGGGUAGAAUUAAAACUGAAGAAUAGAACAAGGUGAAUCUCAAAAAUGGACAAGUACGAAAAGUUAGAGAAGGUGGGUGAAGGAACCUAUGGUAAGGUGUACAAGGCAAAGGAAAAAGGGACAGGCCAACUGGUAGCACUAAAGAAGACAAGGCUAGAAAUGGACGAAGAAGGUGUGCCACCGACUGCAUUAAGAGAAGUAUCACUCCUGCAAAUGCUCUCGCAAUCGCUGUAUGUAGUGAGGCUUCUGUGUGUUGAGCACGUCGACAAGAAGAACGCGACUACCGGCGUUGCCAAGCCUUUACUUUACCUCGUCUUCGAGUACCUCGACACCGAUCUCAAGAAAUUCAUCGAUUCACACCGCAAGGGUCCUAAUCCUCGUCCUCUUCCACCUACUCAGGUGCAAAGCUUUCUAUUCCAGCUUCUCAAGGGAGUUUCUCAUUGUCAUAGUCAUGGUGUCCUUCACAGAGAUCUCAAGCCUCAGAAUCUCUUGGUUGAUAAAGAUAAGGGAAUUCUUAAGAUUGCUGAUCUCGGUCUCGGCAGGUCUUUUACUGUGCCUCUCAAGAGUUAUACCCAUGAGAUCGUCACCCUGUGGUACCGAGCGCCCGAGGUUUUGUUGGGUUCCACCCAUUACUCCACUGCUGUUGAUAUUUGGUCUGUCGGAUGCAUCUUUGCUGAAAUGGUAAGAAGACAAGCAUUGUUUCCUGGAGAUUCAGAAUUUCAACAGUUAUUACACAUAUUUAGGUUGUUGGGAACACCAAAUGAGGAACAAUGGCCUGGAGUUACCUCUCUUAGGGACUGGCAUGUGUAUCCUCGAUGGGAGGCUCAAAAUCUUGCUCGUGCUGUUCCAUCAUUGGGAUCUGCUGGUGUUGAUCUCUUAUCCAACAUGCUUAAGUACGAUCCAGCAGAAAGGAUCUCGGCCAAGGCUGCUCUUGAUCAUCCCUACUUUGAUGACCUUGACAAGUCUCAAUUCUAAGAAUGAUAUUAAGAUGAAGCUGAAUAGGGUACUGUUUAAAUGUGAUAUUGAUAUUCAUCUAAUGUAUGAUAAUGUGAAACUUGUCAUCUUCUUGGUGAUAUAUUUACAAUUUUACAUGACCUUGUUGAAUUGUGUGAACGUUGGUCUGUAUAAAGAUUAUCCAGGCUUUCAAUACAAUUGUUAGGGAUACUUCCA